AUGGGCAUCUCUUGGUCACAACUACGGUCAAAGCUGUUAUUGACAUGGUCAAUCACUUGUGACCUAACACAUGCGCUCUUCAAUUCCCCUUUCCUCCUCCUCCGCUCCCUCUACACAAUCUACCUCCGUCCCGCUCUCACCCCCACGCUCUCUCUUGAUCCGGCCCCUCGUGUUAAGUCCUUGAGGGAACACCAGGAGGAGGUCGAGGUUGUUCGGAGGGGUGUAGAAGUUGCGAGGGAAGCGGGGAGGAAGGUGGUCAUGGGGAGGCAGGAAGGGGAGGGACAUGUCGCACGCGGGAGAGGAUAUAAAGAUGGUGCCGAACGGAUUUCAAUGUCACAUCUGAACGCUCUACUAUCCAUCGCUGUGGAAAGCCGAGUUGCGCAUGUGGAGCCCUUGGUCACCUUUGCCGGUUUGUGUACAGCGACGUUGGAAAAGGGAUUCUUACCCGCCGUCGUUCCCGAGUUCCGAUCUAUUACCGUUGGGGGCGCGAUACAGGGAUUAGGCAUCGAGUCUUCCUCGUGGCGGAAUUCGACGUUCGAUACCUCGGUUACUGACGCCACGCUCAUCGCUGGUGAUGCCCAAAUCAGAACAGCGAAGGAUGACGGGGAGUUAUGGAGUGCGGUACCGGGCAGCUGUGGGACUGUGGCAUUGGUUGCUGGAUCUGAAGUUCAGUUGGAGAAGGCGAGUCCGUGGAUGAGGGUUCGGUAUGUUCGAUAUCGCACCCCCUCCGAGUUUGGGCGGGAAGCAGAUUGCAAGAUUGGAUCACUCUCGAGUGAGCAGGGGGAGGAUGGGAGGAGUUGGAUGGGUUCGGAUGCGGUUAUGGACGCUAUUGCGUUCGAACAUGGCACGAUUGGUAUGUUUGGUGGAUGUGUGACGCAGGAGGAGGCGGAGAGAUUGGUGGGUGGGAGUAUGGGGGUAUAUAAGGAUCAUCCUGGACGCGGGUUCUUUUUCAGUCACGUCGAGCAGAUCGCAAAACGGGAUGGGGGAUAUGUAACAUCUGACACGAGGGAGAAGAGGAAAGAGCAGUUUGGAGAGGUGAUUCAUGAGGAGUUGAUACCAACCCUCGAAUACCUCUUCCGCUACGACAAAGGCGGUUUCUGGGCCGUCCACGCCCUUAGCGCCCUCCUCCCACCCCUCCGUCUCCUGCUGUCGAGACUCCUCCUACCACUGUUCAACACCUUCCUCUCGACCUCCACGCUGUACAAAGUCGCGCUGCUCAUGUCUGAUCAGAAGAGGGAGAAUGUGUCGAUGUUGCAGGAUGUCGACAUUCCGUAUAGUGAGGGAAGAUUCGAGGACUUCGUGGAGUGGGAGAGGGAGGAGAUUGGGGUAUGGCCUUUGUGGCUCUGUCCAGUCCGAGGCGAACACGAACCGCGAGUCCUCGGUUUAGGUCACAAAGCCUCCGACUCCAGCAACCCGCGCAACGAGGACGCUCAAGGUAGGAGUUGGGUCAUGAACGUCGGUCUCUACGGGAUCCCCCGUUCUCCCCGUCCCCUCGUCGACCUCAACAUCGAACUCGAACGCAAAGUCACAGAGAUGGGUGGGAAAAAAGGGUUAUACGCAUUCGUGUAUGCCGACAAAGAAUAUUUUUGGAGUGGGUAUGACAGAGAGGGGUAUGAUGCUGUACGCAGAAAGUAUGGGAGUGAGGGAGUGAUGAUGGAGUUGUGGGAGAAGGUUAGGGUUAGGUUUUGA